AUGACGGCUAACCCGUAUGAUUUCCUUUCUCCAGGUCAGAGCUCCCUGCCAGAGAGCUGUCCCGUGUGUGCCCAUGUGCCACUCGCCGCCGAUUUGUGUAAACCUAAUAAGGCUUUACGAACAACGCUGAAAGCCUUUCUCCGGACCGAGGAGAAGAAGCGGGAAAAAGAUCGUCCAGCUGCCGCCUCAGCUACUGAGACCGCUGCUUCGCCUACUUCUGUCCUUGAUGGCCCGUAUCAAAGUGGAACCGGUGAACCUGUGCCUCAAGACCCACAAGGACCGACCGGUGCUCCCGCAAACGUAGCUCCCAACCUCGAAACAACACCGCCAUUUCCCGAUACCAAUCGCUCGUCUAAUGCAGAUGCUAUUGCUGCCGAUACCGAUACUCUCCCGGGCACAAAUCAGUGUCUAGACAUGCCUGUCGAGCUAGCUGACGCUUCCCUGGAUAAUAAACCAACAUCAUUUCAAGUAUCUGCUAUAGCUACUGUAAAUCAGUGCUCUAACCCCGAAAACGACGAGAAUACCGCCCGGGAACCACUGCAAACCAGCCAAACGGAAGACAAUGGCAUUGGAAUGGGGAUGAGCGAUCCUCAGGGAUACCAGUCGAUGGGAUGGCAAGGUGCGCCCAUGAAUUUUAAUCAAAUGGUGCCAUCAUUCAUACCCAAUGCUAUGCACGCUGGGAGUAUGGUUCCAUUUCCAAACGCGAUGAGUGCUGCUGGCAUGCCUGGAAUGGGAAUCGAUCCGGUGGCUGCUUCUCAGGGAAUGUUUGCGGACUACGGAAUGAAUAUGAAUGGCAUGGGAGAUAUGAGCAUGGGAAUGAUGUUCAAUACAAGUCAGGCAAUGUAUGGAACCUGGGAUAUUCAAAACAAUUUGUGGAAUGGAGGCCCAGAUAAAUUCAAUGCAAAUGCAUUCGCUCACGACUUUGGCCCUUCUUCUGGUUAUGUUGGGUAUAAUAUGUCACAACUACAGGGAGGCCAUCCCCACAUGAAUCAGCAACAGAAAUACCCUAGCAAUGAUUUUAAUGGAUCAUAUGGCCCGUAUAGCCGGGGUGUCGGUCGUGGACGACCCUUUGUUGCCGGUGGGCGAGGUCGCGGUACCUACCCAUCCAGUAUGCCUGAUUCCUAUCAUUUUUCUAACCCAGCAUUUCAAAAUAACUUCGGAGGCCAUCCGCAGGACAGUAAGGGUGUUACUGCACCAUCGGACACAGUGGGACCAGCAGAUAAUUCUCAGAGCAAAUUUGAGGAUGAGCUCUGCCCUGGCGGCCAAGAUGAUACUCCCGAUCUUGCACCGUCAACGUCUGAAACUGCCGACCCCUCCCCAGAGACGGCAGCUCCUAAUGUGAAGACAGGCUCGGACAAUGCUAACCCUCUUUCUUCUGGAAUAUCUGCUAUUACGCAAAUAGUCACAGAAAAGGCUUCUCCAGAUGCACCAGAAACUAAAGCCAACCAUCCCCCGAAUAACAGUAUUCCCGUUAUAAGUGAGAGCGUCCACUUGAACUACAGCCAGAAUUCUUCCACUCACGGUGUACCGAGUUUUCCAGCAAUGCAGGCUCCAGGAAACGAAAAACAGGCCUUUCAAGGAGAGUCCCGAGGACUAGGAGUUGCGGGCGCCCCGGCUGCACCACGAGCAAUGAGAGAGGGGCUGCCAAAUACUAGUAUGCGUAAUGCUAGAGGAUUUUCGAUUUUAGGACGUGCUAGUAACGUAGUUUCAGCACUAGGAAGCGUAGAUAAACAGAGCAUCGCGACGUCCAAGGGCGGCAACGAAGAGACAUCGAGCCGACGGCAGAGGUCCCGUUCGAGAUCAGCAUCGCCAUCCCGAGGCCGGCGUUCUCACAGACACCGAAGCCGAUCGCGUCCGCGUAGCCAUUCACGGUCUCGAUCUGCGGACAAAGCCGACGGCAGAAGCUAUCGGCGUCGACAGAGCAAGAGGCGUUAUACAGACACGAACCGGGAACGAGACGUAAGUGAUUAUUCGAGGUCUCCUUCGGUCUACAAUUCACAUCGAACAUCCCGUCGCAGCCGCCGUGAGAAAGAUCGACGAGCAGAGGAUAAAGGGGCGAGCUCACGUCGACAUCGAAGCCCUGGACGAAGAGAAGCUGUCGAGGAGUCCAGUUUGAAAGCUUCCUCUAAAAUCGCGCAAGCUAUGGAUGACAGCGAGAGCCGUCGGUCGGCGCGGACGAAAGACAUAGACGAUAGGCACCGUCGACGUGAACGGGACCGGGAGCGGGAUCGCGAAAAGCAUCGAGACCGAGAAAAAGAGAGGGAUCGGGAGAAGGAAAGGGACAAGGAUAGGGGCCGCGACAGGGAUCGUGGACAAAAACGUCGACGAGAGAGAUCGGAGUCGCAUUCGGACAGUGAAUACUCGCGCCGGCACGCGCGGCGAACUCGGCACGACGCUAAUGCUGAACAGCAGUUGGUGGGUAGCGAGAGCAAAAAAGCGGCGGAUAGGUCCCGUUCCAAUGGCACGUCCACGGUCCCUGCUUCCGAGCAGAAAGACCCCCAUACGCUAGAGCGCGAAGCUAGGAACCGCGAACGACUGCUUAAGGAGCAACAACGGCGAGACGCGAUGAAUGCGGACCGCGACAGCAGAGGCACGCGCCGCCGGGACAACAAACUUGACAGGCCUAUGGCUGGGUCAAGGCGCUUAAGUUACAAGUACGAGGAUGAAGCAAGUGACCAGGUGAGGGCCGCGCAGGUGGAAGAGGAGCGAGAAGCUGCGCGAUGGGAAUAG